CGGCCUGCUCCUCCCAUCGCUUCCUACUGCUCUUUCGUUUAGCUACUGCGGAUAUUUUUCCCCCGGCCGGCCGAUCGAGGACUAUGGAUCAGGAGCAGCAUUAAUGAAGGACUGCGGCGGUGGCGGAAACCACAAGGCGCCCACCGACGCCGUCAAAUCUCCCUCUUCCCUUCUCUGCGGCGUCUUCGGCGCCGGUGGCCAUCACCAUCGCCGCAAUUGUAAGACCUCGCUCCCGCAAUCCAGCCGGUACCCCAGAGACUGCAAGCCAUACUUCCUCUUCCACCGCCUCUUUGUUUUCCUCCUCUUUCUUCUCCUUUUGUACUUCUUCUACACCUACAGCCUCCUCUCCUCCUCCCCCUUGCCUUCCUGCGACGACGAUGCCGUCGUCCGCCUCUCCAACUUCAGCACCGACGUUGCCGACCGUACCUUCGCCAGAUCCUCGCCUUCGCCGCCCGCGUCUGGGCCCCAAUCCACUGCGACGGACCUGCAGCACAUUGUGUUCGGCAUCGCCGCCUCCGCCAAGCUGUGGGAGAAGCGCAAGGCCUACAUCAAGGUCUGGUGGCGGCCGCGGCGGAUGCGCGGCUUUGUCUGGCUCGACAAGGCGGUCAAGGAGAUGAAAGCCAAGGAUCCCACUCUCCCGGAUCUCAAGAUCUCCGGCGACACCUCUCGCUUCCCUUACACGCAUCGGAAGGGCGACCGCUCCGCCAUCCGCAUCUCCCGCAUCGUCUCCGAGACAUUCCGCCUCGGUCUCCCCAAUGUGCGCUGGUUCGUCAUGGGGGAUGAUGAUACAGUGUUCCUCCCCGACAAUCUCGCCCGCGUCCUCUCUCGAUUCGACCACCGGCAGCCCUAUUACAUCGGCUCCCUUUCCGAGUCCCAUCUCCAGAACAUUUUCUUCUCCUACAGCAUGGCCUACGGAGGCGGCGGGUUCGCCAUCAGCGCCCCUCUCGCUGCCUCUCUCGCCAGAGUCCAGGACCGCUGCCUCCGUCGGUACCCGGCUCUCUACGGCAGCGACGACCGGAUCCAAGCUUGCAUGGCGGAGCUCGGGGUCCCCCUCACCCGGCAUCCUGGUUUCCACCAGUACGACGUCUACGGCGACCUCCUCGGCCUCCUCGCCGCUCACCCUGUCACCCCUCUCCUCUCCCUGCACCACCUCGACGUCGUACAACCUCUCUUCCCCGGGGAAACCCGGCCCGCCGCCCUCCGCCUCCUCUUCAACGGCCCCGUCCGCCUCGACUCCGCCGGGGUGAUCCAGCAGUCCAUUUGCUACGACACCGAGCGUCUCUGGACGGUGUCCGUCUCCUGGGGCUUCGUCGUCACGGUGGUCCGCGGGGUGAUGUCGCCGCGUGAAAUGGAGACGCCGACGCGGACUUUCCUCAACUGGUACCGCCGGGCGGACUACACAGCCUACGCGUUCAACACCCGGCCGGUGGCGCGCAACCCGUGCCAAAAGCCGUACGUCUACUACCUCGCCUCCGCCCGCUACGACAACUCCAGCCGCACCACCGUGACGGAGUACGCGCUCCGCCGGGAGACCCGCCCGACGUGCCGAUGGCGGCUGGCCGACCCGUCGGCGCUCGUGGACCGCGUCGUCGUCUACAAGAAACCCGACCCCGGCCUAUGGGACAGAGCACCGAGAAGGAACUGCUGCAGGGUAUUGUCGGCAGCGAAGGAUGGGAAGAAGCGGCGGCGGAUGGCGAUGGAGGUAGGGACGUGCACAGAAGGUGAGAUCAGUGAGAUAAGCAAGCAGCGAGGUUAGUUUCCAUUAGCCCAAGCGCCAGAGGUGCUUGGUGAAAUGUCCCCUGCUAAAAUUCAUGCUAGAUUAUGAUGAUGUUGUAAAAAUUAUAAAUUCUUUGUUCAUCAUCAAUCUCGCCUGUGCUAUUUGGCACUGGCAAUGGUGGUGCUGAUGUGCACGCCCGCCGUGUGACAACUCCUCCGGCUUCUCCUCUCCGGAGGCGAAUGAUGUCAGUGACCGUUUUCUUCAAGCCUAUGCUCCAAGAGCGAGGACGAUGGAUCCCCUUCUGCGGAGUAUUGAUCUUGAGAAGUGUGAAAUGGGUUUCCUUGGACUACGGGUCAGCUCAGCACACUAUUCUUGGUUCUCCGUAGUAUCCGGCGAGACUCGUUAAUGAUUUUGUCGUUGCAUUCGAACAACUUUUUGAUCACGAUGAAUCUGUGCAACCUUUUCUUUCUGUUUGUCUUUUUUUUUGUUUUG